AUGACGCUGAACAUUGUCCAGGAAAUCCAAAAACAAAAUGAAAACCAUGUGCAGAGUAAAAAAGGCAAAGAGGAAGAAAUAGCCACUUAUGGUUAUCCCUCCACGGAGAGAAGGAGAAGUAUCAGGCUGUUACAGCUUAGUGGAGAUAAAACCAAACUGAUAGAACAAAAUGACUAUUCGGGUCUAAGGGAUGGUACGAAUGGGGGAAAAACCACGGGACGUGGUGUGAGCUUAAAGACAAUCGUGCAGGUUAAGCUUAAGGAAAGGGCACCAAGUAGGGACAAAGACAAAUUGCAAAAUGGGGAGAAAAGGGGCGCCCAUGGGGGGACCUACAUCAAGGCGGCAAAUGGUGUAAAGCAGAACAGAUUAGUUAAAAAGGUUUCUUUAAUCGGAAACAAGGGAAAGACCCAAAAAGUGAAUAAGAAAAAAAUCGAAAAGGGCGUGAUCGUCGAGGUGGAUAAGAAAAAAAACACAUCGUUAAACAAGGGCAGCACGAAUUCGAAAGGAACAAGCGUAAAAGGAAUAGCCAACAAAGUGCACAGUACAAUGAUCGUGAAGAAGAAAAAGCACAAGACGGGGGUGAACAGGGAGCCCCUCUUGGCCAACAAGGGGAAAGCGCGGGAGAGUAAAGGUAACUCCCUCAUGGGGUGCAAAAUGAGAAUAGGGAGUAAUUUUCAAAGGAAGGAAAAAGAGGAAAUACAGACCGGGCAGGUAGAGAAGGAACCAUCCCCCGUGAAGGACAACCUCCCAUGCGACAAGAUAAAAAGCGGAUCCGAUUCCGAAUGCAAAGAGGAUAUCUUUCUACAAAAAAGACUGAAGCGCGAGAGAAAGGAGUAA